UGCCGAUCGGGCUUGAUCUGAGUCAGACACGAUCUGAACCCAAAAUAUCCAACUAAUGAAUGCCUUGAACAUGUCUCGCUCUCGAACCAGUCAAUUCUCGCUACGAGUGUCGUGGUGGGUUCAAUAGUCACGGGUGGCUUGCCUGACAGCGGCGAUCUUUCCGUGGCACCCAGUCCUAUGACAUCGAUGCAUCAGACCUGUAGAUGCCUAUUUUUGGUCUACCCAAUUCGGAAACCACGAACACAUCUAGAAGGAGAACAUCAUGGGGAUCAAGCGGUGUGGGAUUUUACUGAGCGAGUAGGAGCGACUGAAAACAUAUAAAUGUCCCCGUCUCUCCAUGUCACUUGAGAAGGAACAUAUCCCUCUAACCAGCAUCUUCUCAUCUCUUCAAAAACAUCUCAUACCAAUUCAUCCAAAGCACUUUUUCAAAAUGAAGACCUCUUUCAUCACCGCGGCUUGCUCUACCUUCGCUGCUCUGUCCAGCGCCGCUCCCACUGAUAGCUCAACCUUCGAAGUCGCCAUCACCUUCUGGGGCGCCGACGGUUCCUCGUUCUUUCAAACCUUCCCAGCUGACGAUACCACUCAUGCAAUCACCAACCAACUGUCAAUUACCAAAAUUUCCUCUGUCGGAGGCGGAUUCUGCUCCUUCCAGGGAGUUGAUGGUAGCACCACUGUGGUGGCUGGUGAGGUGACUGUGCCUGUCAGUCCCCCACAGACACAGGUGUCUGGAACCUGCGAUAUUCUGUAAAUGUUGAGCAAGGACUUCCUAUCGAGACGCGAAAGAACUUUCGACGAUGAUGAGUGCCUGUCGGUCUGGGCAUGAUUACCACCAGAGGACACGAAUGGACGAAUGGAUCAAUGACUCUAUGUGAUUAGCUUGACUGUAUAUGUUGGUUCUGCAUUGGCUUGAAGUUUUGUUCGUAUUGGGUGUGACUAGCAAUGCAAAUGAUGA